CGGCAAACCGCCUUUCAAUGAUAAGCCAUUGUUAGAAACAAUCAGAAUAAUAGCUGGCGGUUUGAGAGAAGAGCAUGUCGGUGGAACACCAUUGGAUUACAUUGAGAUCUAUAAAAAUGCGUGGCAAGACGAUCCAACGCGAAGAGUCACAAUAGGGGAGAUUCAAUCUAAUCUUAAAAAUGUUCGAUUAAAACCUGUGUACGAAUAUACCUCAAAUGUGAACAAUGCAAAGAUGGUAGAUUCUUCUACUAGUGACAUGAUGUCUCUCUACGGCUACUCGGAAAACACAAAUAGCGUGGGAGUCCUUAGCCGUGGAAUGUCUACUCUGCUCAUCAACAUUAAUCCGAGCACACACGAAAGAAGUGUGCCGGGGGAUACUAGCAAGAGCGGAAAUACCAAUCCGGGUUAUGGUCCGAACGUGAAUAAUACAAACAUCGGUUUCAAUGAUCGUAAUAUCAACAAUCGCUACACCGAAAAUGCCGGAAAUCAUAGCCGCGAUAUCGGCCCCACUGCCACUUCUCCCACACCAAAGAAUUUCGCCGCCGGUGCACCCUCCAAUUCCGCCAAGGAGAAUGGCAAAACACUCCGGGUUGACCUUGUCGGGGGUGGUAACCGUAACGGUGGAAGUCGAGUCAAUGGCGUCCAGGUAUUCCAACAAUUAUCCAUAGAAUCCUCGUCUAAAGAGUUAAACAACACGAAGAUGUGUAUAAAUUUACCCACGAAGUUAAACU